GGUCCAGCUCGGAGAGCGGCGUCUCCGGGAGUCAGAGCGGGACGGAGCCGCUGCAGGAGGAGCAGCAGAUCGACGGAUAGUCUCAUCUACACUUCAACCCACCCGGGACAUGAAAUCCGUGUUUUAAUCGCGUGGAAACUUGUGUCCAGUCCAAGAUGACGGUGGAUUUUGAGGACUGCAUCAAAGACUCUCCCCGGUUUAGGGCAAAUAUUGAUGAGGUGGAGACAGAAGUUGUGGAGAUUGAGGCAAAACUAGAUAAGCUGGUGAAGCUAUGCAGUGGGAUGAUUGAAGCAGGAAAGGCAUAUGUCAGCGCCAACAAGCUCUUUGUCAACGGCAUCCGGGAUCUGUCUCAGCAGUGCAAGAAGGAUGAGAUGAUCUCGGAGUGCCUGGAGAAGUGCGGGGAAAGCCUCCAAGAGAUCAUAAACUAUCACAUGAUACUGUUCGAUCAAGCCCAGCGGUCUGUGAAGCAGCAGCUGCACAACUUUGUGAAAGAGGAUGUUCGGAAGUUUAAAGAGACCAAGAAGCACUUUGACAGGGUGCGCGAAGAUAUGGAAAUAGCGCAGGUGAAGAAUGCUCAGGCGCCCAGGAACAAGCCUCACGAGGUGGAAGAAGCCACCAGCACGCUCAGCAUCACCCGCAAGUGCUUCCGACACCUCGCUCUGGACUACGUACUGCAGAUCAAUGUCCUUCAGGCGAAGAAGAAAUUUGAGAUCCUGGAUGCUAUGCUGUCAUUCAUGCACGCCCAGUACUCACUGUUUCAGCAGGGCUACAACCUGCUGGAUGAGAUCGAUCCAUACAUGAAGAAACUGGCUGCUGAGCUGGAUCAGCUGGUGAUUGAUUCGGCCAUGGAGAAGAGGGAAAUGGAGCAUAAACAUGCAACCAUUCAGCAGAGGACUCUGAUGCAGGACUUUUCAUAUGACGACUCUAAGGUGGAGUUCAACGUGGAUGCUCCUAAUGGUGUGGUGAUGGAGGGUUACCUGUUCAAGAGGGCCAGCAAUGCCUUCAAGACCUGGAACAGACGGUGGUUCUCCAUACAAAACAGCCAGUUGGUCUAUCAGAAGAAGCUCAAGGAUUCUCUGACAGUGGUGGUGGAGGACCUCCGACUGUGCUCUGUUAAACCGUGUGAGGACAUCGAGAGGAGGUUCUGCUUUGAGGUCGUCUCCCCCUCCAAGAGCUGCAUGCUUCAGGCUGAGUCUGAGAAGCUAAGACAAGCAUGGAUACAGGCAGUUCAAGCUAGCAUUGCUUCAGCCUACAGAGAGAGCCCAGACACCUACUACAUUGAACAUCUGGACAGAACAGCCUCUCCAUCCACCAGCAGUAUUGAUUCGGCCAGUGAGCCGCGGGAGCGCAGCGCCCGAGGAGAGACCAUCCUGCAGCGCAUCCAGUGUCUGCCGGGGAACGAGCAGUGCUGCGACUGUGGUCAGGCCGACCCUCGCUGGGCCUCCAUCAACCUGGGUAUCCUGCUGUGUAUCGAGUGCUCCGGCAUCCACAGGAGUCUUGGAGUUCAUUGUUCAAAAGUGCGCUCACUAACGCUGGACUCGUGGGAACCAGAAUUAUUAAAGUUAAUGUGUGAGCUUGGAAACAGUGUCAUCAACCACAUCUAUGAAGGCUCAUAUCAAGAACAAGGUCUGAAGAAACCACUACCAUCCAGUUCAAGGCAAGAAAAAGAGGCUUGGAUUAAGGCGAAGUAUGUGGAGAAGAAAUUCCUGAAGAAGCUGGGCUCCACAGAGAUACUCAUCAACGGGGAGAGGAAGUCGGAGCGGCGGUGGAGCGUGAAGAAGUGUCGGAGGCACAACAGCGCCACCACGGUACCUAAAACACGGCGGAGAUACCGACAAGAGCCGGGCAGCACCUCCCCUUCCACCCUCUCCUCAGCAGCAGCAAAGUUCAGACGAGAAUCUCUGUUUUGUCCGGAUGAGCUGGACUCUCUCUUCUCCUACUUUGAUACCGGAUCUGGGCCUCGAAGCCUGAGCAGUGACAGUGGGUUGGGAGGCAGCACAGAUGGCAGCACAGACAUCCUGGUGUUUGGCUCGGUGGUGGACAGCGUCACAGAGGAGGAGUGUGAGGUGUCAGAGGACUCGAGCGGUGAAGCGGAGCUGGAGGCCGAGCCAGAGACGUCAGACCCAGAGGACAUGAGGGACCUUCAUCCUGGAGCGCUGCUCUACAAAGCCUCAAAAGCUCGCAACCUGCCGGUCAUGGCUGAAGCGUUGGCUCACGGGGCUGAUGUCAAUUCAGUCAACGAUGAGGACGAAGGAAAGACGCCCCUCAUACAGGCUGUGAUUGGGGGGUCAUUGAUCGCCUGUGAGUUUCUGCUGCAGAACGCUGCUGAUGUCAACCAAAGAGACGCGAGAGGGCGGGGACCCCUGCAUCAUGCCACAUAUCUGGGACACACAGGGCAGGUGUGUUUAUUCCUCAAACGUGGAGCUACGCAGAACGACGGUGAUGAGGACGGUCAGGACCCUCUGAGUAUAGCUGUGCAGCAAGCCAAUGCAGAUAUAGUCACGCUGCUGCGUCUGGCCCGGAUGAACGAGGAGAUGCGGGAGUCGGAGGGACCCUUCGGACAGCCAGGUCAAUACCCAACCAGCAGCCCCACUGAGCAGCAGUAUAAGAAAUGCAUACAGGAGUUUAUCUGCCUCACUAUAGCCGACUGCUAAUCGAGUGCAGUCAGGGUGAAGCAGUGCAGGGGGUGCCGGUAGACAUAUGACGAGGCUCUUAUGCUUCGAGCUCGUCCAAGAGACUUUUCACCACCAGUUUAUCUUCUUCUCUACGUCAGAAUAUUGCUAGUGUUCCUCUUCCCUGCACAGUCUGUCCACCUCAGAACAGACACCUGCCAGCAGACAGCUCCUCUCUCAGGAUCUCACAACAACUCAGUGCUCAUUUACUUUAAUGAUGUCAGAUUUGCCAAAAAAAAAAAAAAAAAAAAAAAAAAAGGAAAUCAUUGUAGAUGCUUUUAGCGAGGUGCUGAUCAGCAGAGAAAUCACUGCCAAGGAAGGAUUAGUCAGUUUGUAAAGCUUAGCAGGCUGUGAACGGACCACAAAUGAAGUCAACCGCAGAGUUUUCAGGAACAGUCUUGGUUUGGUAGUUUCAGAGGGUACGAGGUGCUCUGAACCAAAGACCUGCAACAGCUGCUUUUAUUCUAAGACUCGAUUUCGUUUCACCAUUUGACUGAGUUGUGUUAAGUGGGAGCAGAUUUUCUGGCUUUCUGAAGUAAAACUCACAUUUUUGUCAGUAAUUGAUAACUUCCAGCUGACUUCUUCCUACUGAUCAACAGCACCAGAGGCUCAUGGGUGCAUCUAAAGCUGUCCGCUUAUGCCAAAAUGAUGAUCCUAACAUGACUUCUCUUCCUUGCAGAACCAGUGAAGCUCCUACUUCAUACCUCUGUAGCCCAGUAAUAAUAAUAAUGUGAACUGAUAGUGCAGAUAAAUCUGUGAUUUUUAAUUAACCUGAGGAUCUGUCCAACAUGCACUUGUGAUCAAAUGAUGAAGGAGCUCUUUAUUUAAAUAUUGUGACUGUUACGAGGGGAAACUGUGAGGCUAGUGAUAACUGUGACUGACAGUAAAUGAUCCUAGAAUCGUUUCUCUGUAUUGAUCGAUAGAUUGAUCAAGCGAAGCUUUUACGUUUAACUAAAAGCGAAAUGAUGCACUUUGUCUUACCAACAGUGAUUUGACUUCCAGUUUGUUUUUCAUUCAUUUUUAUUUAUGACAAAACUCCCAGAGCAAUAGUGCAAUGAUUAUGUCAGUGCAGAUAAUCAGUAUUUUUUUGUAUUAUGUUUGACAACGAUGCAGAUGGUAUUUUUUUAAGCUGGAUAUAUUUUGUUAGAUUUUAUUUUGCUGAGCACACGUACAGCAACAGUGUUAUCUUCUCAUUAUGAGAAAUCCUCCGCAGCUUCACGGUAUUUAAUCACUCGUUGGUGAAGUUUUUCUGCAAAAACAAACUGCACUGGAAGAUGGACAUUUUUUGAUAAAUCACGCUAAACUAACAUGUAUUACUGUAUAUACAAUAUUUGUAUGUCAAAAUGUUUGUUUAUGAUAAUCUGGUAUAUCACAACUAGACCUAUAUUAGAUUUGUUCUUUGUUUAUGAUGCAUGGGUGGCUGUUGCCCAGGUCCUCUGCAGCCUGUUCUUACCUUCUGUACCCAGUGUAUGUGACUCUUUGACAUUUAGUAUUGUUGAGUAAUGUUAAUAUCCUUAUUAUAUACUGCCAAAUCGUGACAACAGUGCAUGGAAUGACUUUCAUGACAGAAAUUAGUGGAUGCAAAAACACUGAGCGCCCUUUUCCCCUCCGUCUUCCACUGACAGGAUGAUGUGAUGAUAACAGUGAACAGAGCAGCAUGCAGCUGUAUUUAAUCAUCCAGUCUAGACGACCACUUGUUUGCCCUCUCGGUAGCUCACAGUAAACGGCAGUGACUCAGAAUAGGCUGACCACAAUGUUGCAUUAUCUGAGGCAGAAUUAGCCUGCUGGAAAAUACUGAUGAUUUCCCAAAGAUGUCGAUUGUCUUUCAAAGAUGCUGUGGACUGUUGGGGUUUAGUUCAAACCAAAGAAAAUCAGCAGAGAGCCAGCAAGUGUUUUUACAUUUUUGUUUUCAUAGUAGAAACAUGAAGAUUUUUUUUAACUAUAGAGGGCUGUACAAAAAGGAUGGAAGCAGAGAGACUUUCUCCAGGGUUAUUAGCUAUUAUAUUAGCUGGUUUGAAGCUUAAUAUGCCACCAGAACAACACUCUUAUACACUCAGAUUGCACAUAGGGAGAACGAAUCGUAAUUACCGAUAUGAUAGUGGCCAUAAGAAGUACUGCAAUAACAUUAACAUGCCAGAAUAUGUGGGUUGAAAUGAGGUUGUGUUUACCGUGUUCACAAGAAAGGUGAACAUGUGACUGGGGUAUUCACAGUUUUAUCAUUGGUGAUAUUUAUUGAGUUUAUUUGUGACUCUUCAGUCACAUUUUCAGAACCAGCGGAUGCUACUGAAGUUCAUUGUUCUUUGGAUUGUAAGUUAAUAUAUUGUAAUUUUAGUGCUAUAGUUUUUUAUAAUGUCUCAGGGAAAUAUUAUUAUUUUCUAACAACUCCAUCUUUUCAUUAUGCCUGAGCAUUUCCAAAUUCCCCCAUUUGAAAUGAAUUAAUUAAUUGAUAUGUCACACCUUUCAGCAAAGUGAGAAAUCCAUUUUUUUUAAUCACUCCAAAUAAUUUUUGUACAGUCCUCAAAUUGUAUUUGCAGAUGAAAUGUUUUUAAAAGAACGUGACAGUGACAGACGGGUAUUUUCUGUCAACAACCAAAACAAAACAAAGAAAAUAGAAAACAACCUCAUUUUUAAUAUUUAAAAAAAGUUCUAACCAGCAACAAAUAAUAAAUCAGAAAAGGCAAAUUUUCCUAUUUCACCAGUGUUUUAAAUCAACAAUUACAAAAUGAGAAAAUUGGCCCAUUUUUCAUUUUUCCUUUGGAACCAACAAAUAUAGAAAACUGGCUUAUUUUCCUUUUCUUUUUUUCUUUUUUGUUUGUUGUUUUAAACCAACAACAAAAACGCUAGAAAGCGUGCCCACUCUCCAUUUUAAACCAAAAGCAUAAAAAUAUAUCUGCUUCCUGUUUUUUUUGUGUUUAGUGUUUGACAGGAAAACAGAUCAUACUUUAGUAUUCAGACCCAGAAGGAGCAGCUCACUCGUUUUUCUCCUUCCUCCUCGUCAGUGAUGGAUUCAAAGCACUUUGAAAACAGUCCGUCUCUCUUAACGCAGCCUUUUCUUACCUUGUGCAGUACAACAUGUGGCAACUGUGGGAGCCACAGGAAUACUUUCCAACUAUUUUGUUUUUGCGUGAUGAACAAACUGAACAAUCAUUUGCGUUGCGCCAUAGAAGGAUUAUGUGUUGUACAGCUCAGUGUGUCUACAGUGACUGUUGUGUAUAUAAACUAAAAACUAUUAACACUUCUUUCUUCUAACAUGCCAUUUUUAACUUUCUUGUAUUUUUUCCGUCUCUGACUGUUAUCUGUACAAUUUCUUUGAAUAUUGUAAGAGAGCGUGUGUCUCUGACUAUUUGUGCAUAUUAACACUAACUGCUACCUUUGUUUUCCUCCCGGUGUCUCUGAAAUGAUGCUGAAAAUAAACCGAAGGUGUGACUAAAAACUAA